CAAACCGAAAGUACAUUAAACAUAGCGUAACAUUCUGUCCAAACAGAUUCUGGUUUGACUGAAGAUGAGAGUACUUCUUCUUUCGAGUAUAUUUCUCUCUUUUAGUACGAUAUUACUUUCAUCACUUGGCCUGUCCUGUCCAGUUACCGUACCAACUGUAUCCUACGUGUCCAGGUGUCCGUCUAAUGAAUCAGAAUGGGAAUCAGCAGCACAACAAAAACAGUGCAACAAACUGGCAACACUGCAGAGUUGCACUGACCCCGAAAAGUUUGUAUACCACUGUGUUUUGAACAAGGAUGGAACAAAAUAUUUAGAGGUCUGUGCUCAAUUCUGGUUUAUGUCAGGAUUUUGUGCAAGAUUCAGUGUAGCAGAUGGGAGAAUAAUUAAUGACCCAGGGUUGGACUGUACAGCAUUUUCCACACCAUGUCCUUCAAGAUUUCUGUCAAAUGAAUCUUUUAAAUAUCAGGGAUGCUAUGAAUAUCUUCAACAGUCUACACCAUCAAACAUCAUUGAUAAGAAAACACCUUCUUCUGAAAGAGAAUCCUAUGAGGAAGAGUCGUGUAGUGUUGUUGCUGAUUUUGAAGAAGAGAGUAAGAAUGCCAACAAGAUAACAAUAACUUCCGAAAGAGCAGAUGAUGAUGAUAAGGAAAAUGAUAAAGUGAUGAAUUUUAGGACGCUCUCUGGCUUGCAAGGAAGAUGCAGCGUUAGGAAUGUGACAGUCAUUUCUGAGCUUAGAGAUAAUUUGUCUAUAGCGCUCUCUGAACAAAGGCAAAAUGUUUGGGUUGUACAGGAAGAUAAAGGGAUUUUAUAUAAUGAUGAAACUCCGUUCACGGAGCUUGAAAAACUCAGGAAGCAGAUUGAAGUAAUGAUUGGAAAUUCGAAAAGAUCCGUUGGAAGGAAAUACGGAGGCAAAGAACCUACACUUGAUGUAAUAUCAAAAAGGUCUGAAGCAUCUCAGAAAAGCAGAAUGAGUUGCAAAUAUUUUACAGAGCCAGAGAAUCUUUUCAAUUACACCAAAGAAAAUAUAUUUGGAGGCAACGCAGAAGUUAAAUGUCCUAAAUGUAAUGCAUUGUGGGAAAUGGAAGAGUUAGUGACAAAAUCUAACAUGUCACCAGACGAGCAGAUAUUUUUCGGGAAAGCAAUGUUCAUUAAUACACAGGCAAAUUAAACGUCUUACCCACCUAGUUCAUAAAGAAUUAUCUAGCCUUCUUAUACAGUCAUAUAUUUAAACUUCUUUUAAUGUAGUUUCCUUGUCAGCACACAUUAUUGUGUAUUAAUCUCGUAUUAAGCAAAGGAGUAUAUAUGAUAAGAGCCAAUUUUGGCCCCCUAAAAAUCAACAUUUUAUAAUGACAUUCAGAUAUGUUUUAUUUAUAUUUAUUUUGUAGAAGAGAUUAUAUUAGAAAUAUUUCCAAUUUAUUUUUCAUAUUUAUAUGCAAUCACAAGCUGUAAAUUACAUUAGAAAUAAUGCUAUUUUCGCUAUCUAACAAAAAGGCCAACAAUAUGCCUUUUUCUUGAUGUUUUUUCUUAUGGGAAACAUAGAGUGCAGUGUAGAACAUGCAUAAUUUUUCUGUCACUAAUUAGUAUUGAAUAGAUACAUCUCUGGUAAAAAUAUAAAUCUUGUUCUAGGCUGCGCUCUAUAUUUUCCGAAAGAAAAACUGCCUGAAAAUAAGCAGUUUUAUACAAAUUAUGCUAAAAUGGCGGGAAAACGUGAUUUUUAUGAUGUCAUAUUUCUGAAAUAACGGCAUUUUGAUCAAAAUGAAAAUGACCUUUAAAGGUCGCAUAUACGGGGGUUGAUCCAAAAGUUCGUGGAAUUUCUCUCUAAAAUUUUAUCGUGCUUUGAUGAAAGCAAAACAACAGGCAUAUUUAUAAUAUAGAGUCAUAAUGCAACAAUAUUGGAAAAUUUCACCACUUUCCAAUUACCAAUAAGUUCACACGCGCUUUCUGAAAAUGGAUUGUUGUGAAA